AUGCCCAGUCUCGUUGGACAAGAGAUCGGCCCGACCGGCUAUGGCACUAUGAGAAUGACCUGGGUCCAGCACCCUCCAGCUCAAGAUGUCUGCUUCGAGACCCUCAACAAGACCUUGGAGCUGGGUGCCAAUUUCUGGAACGGCGGCGAGCUUUACGGUGCACCCGACUACAACUCUCUACAUCUCCUGAACAAAUAUUUCACUCAAUACCCCGAGAACGCGGAGAAGAUUGUCUUGAGCAUCAAGGGUGGCCUCAAGGUCGGCCAACUGGUCCCGGAUGGAUCCGAAGAAAAUAUCCGUCGCAGUGUGGACAACUGCCUUCGUCUACUGGAUGGAAAGAAGAAGAUUGAUAUCUUCGAGUGUGCGCGACAAGAUCCGAACUUCCCGGUCGAGCAUACCGUGGAGGUACUUGCACAAUACGUGAAGGAGGGUAAGAUUGGAGGCAUCGGACUUAGUGAGGUGGAUGCUGAGACCAUCCGACGAGCACACAAGGUGCACCCAAUUGCCGCAGUCGAGGUUGAGAUGUCCCUGUGGUCCACUGAUAUCCUGGAGAAUGGCAUUGCUCAGGCCUGCGCCGAGUUGAACAUCCCCGUCAUCGCGUACUCCCCACUGGGUCGAGGCGUCCUGACCGGUGCAGUGACUUCACUGGCCGACAUCCCCGAGGGAGAUAUCCGCCGGCACAUGUCCCGCUUCAAGGAAGAGAACUUUGAGCAAAACCUGAAGUUGAUCAAUGCCGUGAACAGCUUGGCCGAGCGCAAGGGUGUUGCCCCAUCUCAAAUUGCCCUGGGCUGGAUUCGCAGUCUGAGCGACAAGCCUGGCAUGCCCACAAUCAUCCCAAUUCCCGGCGGCACGACCACCGACAAGGUUGUUCAGAACAUGGUCGGGGUGAAGCUGCUCUCCGAUGAGGAAUUGGCAGAGAUAGAAGCGAUCUUGAAGAAACACACGGUGGCCGGACCCCGCUACUGA